AUGUCCAAACGACCCCUCGACCCCUCCUCCGACACUCCAAGCUCAAAACGUCUCGCACUGGACCCAACUGCUCCACCCCCCUGGUGCAAAUCAUCCCCAAUCUAUGACCGCGAAUCAAUCUUCACAGCCCGCUUUCUCCCCGCCUCACACCCCCUCUGCACCUCCCGCUCCCCAACCCAACUCGUCCAACUCAUCCGGGAACACAUCAGUGUUGAAGUGGCGGAUCAUCACAUCGCUGCAUGGCGCUUACCGCCUCAAUCGAAUGCUUUGACGCGCUCUUUGGGUGGGGUGAGGAAGGAUGGGGCGGUGGUUAUGGGACAUGAUGAUGAUGGGGAAAAAUAUGCGGGUGUGAAAUUGGGGAAAGUGUUGCUUGAAAUGGGCGUGCGCGGUGUCGUUGUUGUUAGUAGGAUUUAUGGUGGGAUCAUGUUGGGACCCGUUAGGUUCGAGCAUAUCGAAAACUGUGCCCGCGAAGCUAUACGCCUCUCACUGGCACCAAAGAUCCCUACGACGAUACCCACGGCCGCGGCGAUGGAAGAGGAUGAGGACGCACUACGAAAAGUCCUGGUAGGGAAAGAUCGCACCAUCGCAUUCCUCCGCACCACCAUCGCCGAAUUGCGAUCCCAAUCAUGUCCCUCUCCGCAGCCACCUUCUUCACAACAAGAUGGAGCGAGAUACGCAAAGUUACCAUUGGAUAGGUUGGAGAGGUUGGUUAAAGCGCGUGAUGCGGGAAUUGAGAGUUUGAGAAGGAUGAUUGCUGAGGAGGAGGAGAAGAGGAGGGUCGAGGAGGAGGCGUGGGUUGAGGUCGCAAAGGCUGCGAUAGCGGGUGGGAAGGGGGAGGGUGACGGUGAGCAAGGUGACGGUGAGCAGGGUGAUGGUGGAAGCAAGGACGAUGUCCGGGGGGAUAUUGCGAAGUCCGAGCCAGAACCGGAGCCAAUUCAGGAGCCGGAGGAGGUGGAGCUGGAGGGGCAGGGUGAGAGGGUUGGGGAAGACAAGGGAGGAGAACAAAUGGCUUCAAAUGAGGAGGAAUGA